GUGAGUGUGAGUGUGUGUGUGUGAGCAUGUGAGUGCGUGUGUGUUUUGCGCUCUGGCUGCUGAUCAUAUGUUGCCGGUCCCACAAUCCACUGUCUGCGUAAGAGCGUUUCAUCAUCUGACUGUCGGCUUCUGCUGCUUGAGUUUAAAGGGCAAGAGUGUUCAUCAUUCUCUCUGCUCAGAGAGAAAACUUUGAACAUUUCAGAGUUUUGAGGAGGAUUUCUAGAGCACAAGGAAAUUAGCCCACGUCAAAAGACUUCGCCUGAAAACUCGCCACAGCAUAAUUUCAGCGUUACUCAUGGAUAUAAAAAGUUUACCAGGUGGGAAGUCAACCGCUGUUUUUGCAUCCGAUUUACUGUAAUUGAAAGAUGACGUUUUGUCCAUAAUUAUUGAGGAGUUUCAGCUCUUGAAAGCCGAUUGGUGUGUGUGUGGGAGUGAAAUAGAUGGUGCGGUUCGGAGCCGAUAGCUGACGGAGCUGAUAGCUGACGGAGCUGAUAGCUGACUGAGCUGAUAGCUGACGGAGCUGAUAGCUGACGGAGCUGAUAACUGACGGAGCUGAUAGCUGACGGAGCUGAUAGCUGACGGAGCUGAUAGCUGACGGAGCUGGUAGUCAACGGAGCUGAUAACUGACAGAGCUGAUAACUGACAGAGCUGAUAACUGACAGAGCUGAUAACUGACAGAGCUGUAGUAGGAUGAGAUGAGAGAGGAUGGAACACACGGACAGCCCCGCCUCCCACAGCAACGACCCCAAUGGGUUUGUCAAUAAAGUCUUCAACGUGUCUCUGGAUGUGCAGAAUGAAACUGGCACCGUAGCUAUCCAGGAGACUGGGAAGGGAGAGGGUCAUGGAGAAGGUCCGGGGCCAGGCCAAGCCCAGAGAGAGUGGCAGGAGACUGGGGAUAGACAGGCAGACACCCAGGCACCCCCUCAGACACCUGGAAAGGAGCGCCCGGAGGUCAACCGUAGAACAAGAGCGACUGGGGGCAUCUGGAAGAUCUUGACCCGGCGUAGAGUGGCCUCAGAGCUGGAUAACAGAAGACCUCACUCCAUGAUCCUCCCUGGAGAGGAGGCCUUCAUCCCUAAACUGUCCUUUGCUGACAAGGUCCGCUCCAUCAAGAAGCUCCGCUCUCCGGGUGUCUUCAAGGGGAGGGUGGGGAAGAUGUCUGGGUCCAGCACUAAGUUCAGAGAUGGAGAGACAGAGGACGACUCGUUCUGCCGGGACUUCAUCCCCUCGCCCGGCCUGCACCCCUGUAGGAGCACACUCCGCCACCGUGCAAAGAGGCAUUCGUAUGCCGGACACACCGCCGAGUUCAACUGCUCAUUUGAGGACAUGGAUCUGACAGCUACCCUGGACAGACACCAUCUUCACUCACUAGUGGAGCCUCUUACCCAGAACGGCUCUAAGCCCACAGAGAGAAUCUCCUACUCCAAGAGACCUCAGGUCCAGGCGCAGGCGCAGGCCAACCACUCCACUAACUGUAACAGUACCUCAGCAGGAGUGUGUGAGGAGCAGAGUGUGAGGGGCAGCCCCAAGGUCCAGCUGGGUGGGAGGAGGUCUAAGAGAGCUGACGUGUGGAGUUACCUGAGGAGGAUCUCUGUCCUGGGGAAGGGGAACCCGGCCUACUCAGAGAGGAGUUUUGACUCAGAGCUCCACACACUGGACAAGACCAUGGACUCUGACUACGGCUCGGUAGACUUCGAGAGCGUCAGGGACUUUCAACCAGCUGCUCCAAAGCACUCUGACAGCAAAGGCGGACAUUUUGGGGGUCUGAUUAAGUUCUUCAGCAACGUUGCGGAGACGGCUAGAAAAUGGCGGACGUCUUCGCGCUCCUUCUCUCCUCCAGACGAGGGAGGGGAGCAGUCGCUGCUGGGCUCCCCCAGAGCAGGGCAGCAUCUGGGGGACUACGUCCACAGUGUGUCCCUGAGCCUCCGCAGUGAGGACCACCCAGAGUGUCCCCCAACACCCACCUCACCCCUGACCCCUCACUCCCCUCGCUCCCCUGCCUGUGACCCUGCCUCACCCCCUCCUCUAAUAGGCAGACGGUCUCCUCAGGUGAUGCUGAAGGCCUGGAGGGUGAGUCCGGACUCAUCAAGCGUUAACGGCCUGGUGUGUGUGAGCUCAUUGGAGACGGACAGACAGAUGGACAGACAGAUGGACAGACAGAUAGAGAGACAGACGCUGCACACGUCUGUAGCCACAGUAGAAAAUCACGAGCCACACUCAAGGCUGGAGAGAGAGACUCAGAAAGAGAGAGAGACAGAGGUGGACAGAGAUCCCUUAGAAUGUCUGUCUACAGUAGAAGAGAGAGAAAGCGAGGGAGGAGAGGGACACUCAGGAAAUUACCUGGAUUCCAAGGAUGCUCUAACUGUCUCGGAGCAGACACACCUUCCAAACGGCCAAUCAGAGUUACGGGAAGGAGAGUUCGUAGCCACUAGGAAACCAGCAGGAAACUGCCACCUGGAAGUAUUUAAGGCCCUGUCUCGUCCCCUGGGGGCGUCACCUUUAGAGCCCCCCCUCAGAGUGUCUCUUCAGAGGUGUCACUCCCUCCCUCUCCCCCCCAGCACCCUCACCACUCUGGCCCUGUUCCCGGGACACACAGCAGACUCCCAAUCAUCCUCAGUGUGUCUUGGUGUUGGAGAGGCUGGCAGCUGCAGGAGGAGACUGCUCAGAACAGGCUCUGGUCCACUACAAGUCAACAUCUUGAUAAGUGGAGGAUCUAUCGUCAGCGCUGAGGCAGUAUGGGACCAUGUGACCAUGGCCGACCGAGAGUUGGCGUUUAAGGCCGGUGAUGUCAUCAAGGUGCUGGACGCGUCCAAUAAGGACUGGUGGUGGGGUCAGAUCGACGAGGAGGAGGGGUGGUUCCCCGCCAGCUUCGUACGGCUGUGGGUGAACCAGGAGGAUGGGGGGGUGGAGCCUGUGGAGGGGACCAGUGAAGUGGCUAACGGUCACCUGGAUCCGACCAAUGACUGCUUGUGCCUGGGCUCGCCGCUUCAGAACCGUGACCAGAUGAGAGCCAACGUCAUCAAUGAGAUUAUGAGCACAGAGAGACACUACAUCAAACACCUCAAGGACAUCUGUGAGGGCUACCUGCGUCAAUGUAGGAAGAGGGUAGACAUGUUUAACGAUGACCAGCUGAGGGUGAUCUUUGGGAACAUCGAGGACAUCUACCGUUUCCAGAUGGGCUUCGUUAGAGACCUGGAGAAACAAUACAACAACGAGGAACCACACCUGUCUGAGAUAGGACCCUGCUUUCUAGAACAUCAAGAUGGCUUCUGGAUCUACUCUGAGUACUGUAACAACCACCUGGACGCCUGUAUGGAGCUGUCCAAGCUGAUGAGAGACGGGAGGUACCAGCACUUCUUCGAGGCCUGUCGUCUGCUGCAGCAGAUGAUCGACAUCGCUAUCGACGGCUUCCUCCUCACACCCGUGCAGAAGAUCUGCAAAUACCCCCUGCAGCUGGCCGAGCUGCUCAAAUACACCGCACAGGAGCACAGUGACUAUCGCUACGUGGCGGCGGCGCUGGCGGUGAUGCGUAACGUCACUCAGCAGAUCAAUGAGAGGAAGAGGAGGCUGGAGAACAUUGACAAGAUCGCCCAAUGGCAGGCCUCCGUCCUGGACUGGGAGGGUGAUGACAUCCUGGACCGGAGCUCAGAGUUGAUCUAUACAGGAGAAAUGUCUUGGAUCUACCAGCCUUAUGGACGCAGUCAGCAACGGGUCUUCUUCCUCUUUGAUCACCAGCUGGUCCUCUGUAAGAAGGAUCUGAUUCGUAGGGACAUCCUGUACUAUAAGGGCCGUAUCGACAUGGACCGCUAUGACGUGCGGGACGCCAUCGACGGUCGCGAUGACGACUUCAACGUGAGCGUGAAGAACGCGUUCAAAUUGCACAACAAAGACAGCGAGGAGCUCCACAUCUUCCUGUCCAAGAAACAGGAGGAGAAGAUGCGAUGGCUCCGGGCUUUCCACGAGGAGAGGAAGAUGGUGCAGGAGGAUGAGAAAAUCGGGUUUGAGAUCUCGGAGUACCAGAAGCGUCAGGCAGCCCUGACUGUGAGGAAGGUAUCGAAACAGAAAGGUGAGACAACACGAAGACACCAGAUCAAUGUUCGCGUCACCACCAUGGACGCUGAGCUGGAGUUCGCCAUCCUGCCCAGCACCACUGGCAAACAACUCUUCAACCAGAUAGUGAAAACCAUCGGGCUUAGAGAGACCUGGUUCUUUGGCCUACAGUACCAGGACAGCAAAGGCUUCUCUACCUGGCUCAAACUCAACAAGAGGGUGACAGCUCAGGAUGUACGCAGGGAGAACCCUCUGUUGAUAAAGUUCAGGGCCAAGUUCUACCCUGAAGACGUAGCUGAGGAACUGAUCCAAGAGGCCACGCAACGACUUUUCUUCCUGCAGGUGAAGGAAGGCAUCCUGAAUGAUGAUAUCUACUGUCCUCCUGAGACGGCCGUGCUGUUGGCCUCCUACUCUGUUCAGACCAAACAUGGAGACUACAAGAAGGACUACCACUUCCCGGGUUACCUCAGCAGGGACAAGCUGCUUCCCCAGAGAGUUCUGGAGCAGCACAAGCUCAACAAGGAGCAGUGGGAGAAUAGAAUAAAGGUGUGGCAUGAGGAGCACAAGGGAGUGCUGAGGGAGGAUGCCAUGGUGGAGUAUCUGAAGAUAGCACAGGAUCUAGAGAUGUAUGGAGUCAACUACUUCAGCAUCAAGAACAAGAAGGGUUCAGAGCUGUGGCUGGGGGUAGACGCUCUGGGCCUCAAUAUAUACCAGAACACUGACAGGAUGACCCCUAAGAUCGGCUUCCCAUGGAGUGAGAUCAGAAACAUUUCCUUCAACGACAAGAAGUUUGUUAUAAAGCCCAUGGACAAGAAAGCCCCAGAUUUUGUGUUCUACGCCCCUCGUCUGCGGAUCAACAAACGUAUCCUGGCGUUGUGCAUGGGGAACCAUGACCUGUACAUGAGGAGGAGGAAGCCAGACACCAUCGAGGUCCAGCAGAUGAAGGCCCAGGCCAGAGAGGAGAAGACUAAGAGACAGAUGGAUAAAGCUCUGCUUGAGAGCGAGAAGAAGAAGAGAGUGAAUGCGGAGAAGGAGACAGAGAAGAUCGCCAGAGAAACCAUGGAGCUGAUAGGCAGACUGAAACAGAUUGAGGAAGAGACCAAGAAAGCUCAGGAAGAGCUGGAGGAGCAGACUCGCAGGGCCCUGGAGCUGGAGAAGGAGAGGACGUUUGCCCAGGAGGAGGCAGAGCGUCUGGAGAAAGAGCGCAGAGCAGCGGAGGAGGCCAAGGCAUCCCUCCUACAGCAGUCAGAGAGCCAGAUGAAGAACCAGGAGAACCUGGCCACUGAGCUGGCUGAGCUGACCUCUAAGAUCUCCCUUCUGGAGGACGUAAAAAAGGAGAAGGACAACGAUACAAAGAGAUGGCAGAAAAGGACGGUCAUGGUGGAGGUUGAUUUGGAGCGGGCCAAAGAAGUUCUGAAGACUAAAGACAUCCAGGACUGUGUGCAGGGGGACCACGACGAGACCGACGAGAGCAGCGACGAGAGCAGCGCCGAGCUGACAUCACCAGGCAUGGUCAGAGACCGCAGCGAGGAGGAACGCAUGACGGAGGCUCAGAAGAACAAACGGCUACAGAAACACCUCAAGGUCCUGAGUACUGAGUUGGCCAGCGCUCGAGACGACAGUAAGAAUACUCCCAACGACCUGAUCCACGCGGAGAACGUUAAGGCCGGCCGGGACAAGUACAGGACCCUCCGUCAGAUACGACAGGGCAACACCAAGCAACGCAUCGACGAGUUUGAGUCCAUGUGAGAGAGAGAGAAUGAGUGAGUGAGAGAAUGAGAGAGAGAGAGAACAAGUCUGUACUGAAUGUAUUUGAAUGGCAGUCAUAUAGGCAGGUACAGUGUAACUAUAACGUCAACAGGUAUAGUGUAACUAUAACGUCAACAGGUAUAGUGUAACUAACGUCAACAGGUACAGUGUAACUAUAACGUCAACAGGUAUAG